GGCAUCUGAGGGCAGAGAGUAGGGCUGUGUCAUCCCCAAACACCAUGGCUGCCCUCAGCCAAGCCCGGUGCUGGGCACGGAGAGAAAUCAAAUACUCCACCCCACCUUUGUGUAGAGCUGGGUGUGAAUGUCUAGGGUUGAUGAUCCCACAUGGCAGCAGGUAAGACCCCAAGACUGCCCAUAUCUGAGGAGGGAGGGUCCUAGGGGCCAGGUUGUACAUAAGGUUUCUUGGGAGAAAUGGAAUUCGAGGGCACUGGGGGGAGGGAGGCGUCUGAGAAAAGGUUCAAGGACAAGAUGAGCUCAUCAGGGUUGGGGAGGGAGGAGACUGAGGAUGCAGGAAGUAAGGCUAGGAGGUCAGGGAGAGAAUGUGCAGUUGAGAGAGGGCUUUGAAGGCUAAGUCAGGAAUCUGGCCUCUGGUAGCAGGGAGGAGGGAGCCACUGAGGGGUCCUGGAGGAAACCAGGAGGGCCAGUACUCCAAUCUCAGAGAUGCGAUAGAGAUGAGCAGGACCCCAGAGGUUGGCAGUGGGUAAAAGUCAUCAGAGAGCAGGAGAGGGUACCAGAGGUGAGAGGAGGUCAUAGGUUAUGACACAAGGGAGACUUUGGCUUUCCUGAUUUACCUGGGAUGUCAGGCCUCGAGGCUGAAACUGGAGGCUAAUAUGGGAAGGUCCCUGGCUUUUCCUGCCAGCUGGCACCUGACUCUUCUUCGUGAGGCCUCUCCUACUUCUGCCUCUCCCUCCCUGGGCCCUGCCCAUACUCAGGCCCCCUCUAACCUUAAGUGUUUCGCUGACCACAUCUCUUCCGGUCUCCAGGCCCUGAAUAAAGGCCCGGGCAGCCACCAUGGCCCGGGUUAUCUGGGGGAGGGAAAAGAAGGUGAGAAAAACCACAGGAUCAUCAAGGGUCAGUCAAGACUGGGGCCAAGAGACUGCACCAAGGGGACGAGCAGUGGGGGUGAGGUUUGUGGGGUUAUCUUGGGGUGCUUAGGAGUGUUAGAUGCUAGUUCCAGAGGCUCCAAGGAAUCAUAGGCUAGAAGGAUAAAGAGGAGCUGGGUUUGGGAAGAGAUGGAGGGACUGGAUUUUACAAUCAGAACAAAAACUGAACUUGAGGCCAGAAGACCUGGGUGUGAGACACAGCUCUACUAACACUUAUGGGCUGUAAGACCUGAACCUCUGGGAGGUUUGGUUUUCUCAUCUGUAAAAUAAGCAGGAAUGCUUAUAUCUACCUCAUAGAUGAUAAUUAAAUGAGAUACUAUAAAUGAAAGUUGUCCUCAAAUAACAAGUGUCCAAUUCACGGUUAUUUGAACCAGAGGAAGUCAAGGUAUUAGAAUUAUGGAGGAGUUGGCAGAAAGGUAGUUGGGGGCCAAGAGCAGGUGAGUGGGUCAGGGAUUUGUGUGAAACUAGGACACAGAAUGAGAGUGGCAGGGGUGUGUGGGGGGCAGCCAAUUAAGGAGACCAAGGAGCAUUGGGUCAGGCAGAGGUGACUAGGGCUCAAGGUAGGGGUCAUCAGGUCAGAGAUGGCUGCCAUGCAGGAUAGGAGGGUCACCAAGUCAGGGGUGAGUGGGGCAUGAUAAGAGGGUCAUUGGGUUGGAGGUGUGUGGUGCACAGUUCAGAGGUCACUAGGUCAGAGGUGGCUGAAGCUCAGGCCUUGGGGUCCCUCACCUGCUGGCGGAGGCGGCGGGGUGAGUCCCCAAAAGGCUUCAGAGAAUCGUCAGCAGAGGAGGCGAGGCGUGUGAGGCAGAACAGGUAGUCGGGGGAGAAGAUGUACUGUGGGUGCAGCAGAGGGAACAUUUUCUCCAGGAGCUGAGCCCAGAAAUCCACCAAGGCAUCAUCUAACCCCUCACCGGACCUCUCAUAGUAGUUCCGUAGCCGAGAGAACAGGCCACUGAACAAGGGGGUGUGCUGGGCAUACAGGCGGCCAAAGGAGCGGUGAAAGAGCAGAGCCAGGGAGUGCUCGGAUGAUGAGAGCAUCUCCCGGAAGACCUCUGUGGCAAGUGCAGAGAAAGGGGUGUGAGGUGGGGUGAGGCCAGAGAAGGAUGGAAAAGUGAAAGGGCAGAGGCAGGAAGAGAUGGGGUUGGGGAGAGAAGAGAAAAGACAAAUGAGUUAGAAAUUAAGCAACUCUCCGAGGUCAGGUCGAGGGUGAGGAUGUGGAGGCUAAGCCAAUGCCGGAGGCCUUAGGGAUGGAGUAGGAUACUUGCUGGGGUCAUGAACACAGAGAGGAGGGGUGAGGCCAGGUUUGGGGACCCCAGGUCCUCACCAUCAAAUUUUCUGUGCCGGGCAGCCAGUGUGUGAACCAAGAAAGAGCCACUCUCUUCCACCAGGCCACGGAAAGUAGCCUCAGUCUCCCAGGUCAGCCUCUGCUCUAUCUCACUGGAACAGCAGGUGUACUCCUGGGGACAGAUCCGGAGGUGCUCACCUGGACAGAGGAGACAUGAAGGAAUGGACCAGGACCAGGACACAGAGGCAACAGCAGAAGCAGAAGAGAUCGCAGCGCGUACAUAGCUGCUGCCACCUUGGGACGGCAAAGCGGGUCCUAAGGAGGAAAGAAGAGCGGCCCGAACUCGGGAAGCCAGUUCUCUGCCGCGGGACAGCCCCGCCAGCCAGAGAAAGAGCGCGACCUCCGAAAACUGAACACGGAGCACGAUAGCUGGACCAGGAGGCAUCUGCCGAGACAAUGGGAGCGGGUAGCUGGACAGUGGGCGGGGCCCAAGGCGGGGCCCUGCCAAUGAUGAAGGGAAGAGGAGGGCGCCGGUGCCGGACGGGGUCGGUUGACCUCAGAGACCUGAGGGACCGGAGGCGGUGACUUUUCCUCAACGCUUCUCAGCCAGAAGUCGCAGUUCUAGGCUCAGGCACACUUCCGGCCCGGUUCUGAUGGCGCCUCCACACCCAACUCCUUCAGCUUGUCCCAUUCGUCCCAGUCCUUGGGGAGUCAGGUUCUAGCCUGGUAGAAAUGGAAGUUUAGCUCGUCCACCAUGCCCACCCUGCGGUCGUCCUCUUGCCAGCUCCAUAGCUCUUCCUCCCCGAGCAGCGUGUCCUCCCCACUGCACAGGAUUGUGGCGGGUGGACCAAGGGGCUUGUCUGCGUCUUCUAGUUCGUCUGUCACUGUGCCUUGUGAUGACAGAGACUUGGACCAGGCUUCAGACGGGGAUAGUGAAUCUUUGUCAGCUGAUGAAGGCAGUGACUUCGAAGACAACUUGAGACGAAAUGUGAAGAAGAGAGCGGCAAAACGACCACUCAGAACAACCCCAGUGGCAAAACAUCCAAAGAAGGGGGCCCGAAUGGUACAUGUUCAUGGCCAGAGAGAGUCAGAGUCAGAGCCACCGGCUAGUGAUCUCUUUGAUGCUGUGAAAGCUGCCAAAAGUGACAUGCAGUCUUUGGUAGAUGAGUGGCUGGAUAGCUACAAGCAAGACCAGGAUGCAGGAUUCCUGGAGCUCAUUAACUUUUUCAUCCGAUCUUGUGGCUGUAAAGGCACUGUGACCCCUGAGAUGUUCAAGAAGAUGUCCAACUCAGAAAUCAUCCGGCACCUAACAGAACAGUUCAAUGAGGACUCAGGAGACUAUCCUCUGACAGCUCCAGGCCCAUCCUGGAAGAAGUUUCAGGGAAGCUUCUGUGAAUUCGUGAAGACAUUGGUCUAUCAGUGCCAGUACAGCCUCCUCUAUGAUGGCUUCCCCAUGGACAACCUUAUCUCUUUGCUCACUGGCCUCUCAGACUCCCAGGUCCGUGCCUUCCGUCACACUAGCACCCUGGCUGCCAUGAAGCUAAUGACCUCCCUGGUAAGAGUUGCCCUCCAACUGAGUCUGCACAAAGACAACAAUCAGCGUCAGUAUGAGGCUGAACGCAACAAGGGCCCGGGACAGAGAGCACCUGAGCGACUGGAGAGCCUUCUGGAGAAACGCAAAGAGCUCCAGGAGCAUCAAGAAGAGAUUGAGGGAAUGAUGAACGCCCUCUUCAGGGGCGUCUUCGUGCAUCGCUACAGGGAUAUCCUUCCUGAGAUCCGUGCUAUCUGCAUUGAGGAGAUUGGGUCGUGGAUGCAGAGCUACAGCACCUCUUUCCUCACUGACAGCUAUUUAAAAUAUAUUGGCUGGACCCUCCAUGACAAGCAUCGAGAAGUCCGCCUGAAGUGCUUGAAGGCUUUAAAAGGGCUGUAUGGCAACAGAGACUUGACCAGCCGCCUGGAGCUCUUUACCAGCCGCUUUAAGGACCGGAUGGUUUCCAUGGUCAUGGACCGAGAGUACGACGUGGCAGUGGAGGCUGUCGGGUUACUGAUACUUAUCCUUAAGAACAUGGAAGGGGUGCUGACAGACGCAGACUGUGAGAGCAUCUACCCUGUUGUGUAUGCCUCUAACAGAGCCCUGGCCUCUGCUGCAGGGGAGUUUCUGUAUUGGAAGCUCUUCUACCCUGCGUGUGACGCAAGAGUAGCGGGUGGGAGAGAGCGCCGCCGAAGUCCCCACACCCAGAGGACUUUCUUCCACCUCCUGCUGUCCUUUUUCUUGGAGAGUGAGCUCCAUGACCAUGCUGCGUACUUAGUAGACAGCCUGUGGGACUGUGCAGGGCCUCAGCUGAAGGACUGGGAGAGUCUGACAAGCCUGCUGCUGGAGAAGGACCAGAGCCUGGGCGAUGUGCAGGAGAGCACGCUGAUAGAAAUCCUUGUGUCCAGUGUCCGGCAGGCUUCAGAGGGUCACCCGCCUGUGGGGCGGGUCACAGGGAGGAAGGGCUUAACCUCCAAAGAACGUAAGAUCCAAGCUGAUGACAAGGUGAAGCUGACUGAACACCUUAUCCCCCUGCUCCCCCAGCUCCUGGCCAAGUUCUCAGCUGAUGCAGAGAAGGCUGCUCCCCUGCUGCAGCUUCUCAGCUACUUUGACCUCAGCAUCUACUGCACCAGGCGCUUGGAGAAGCACCUGGAUCUCCUCCUGCAGCAGCUGCAGGAGGUGGUGGUGAAGCACGCAGAGCCAGCGGUGCUGCAGGCCAGCGCCCACGCCCUCUAUCUGCUCUGUAAGCCCGAGUUCACGUUCUUCAGCCGGGUGGACUUUGCCCGCAGCCAACUGGUGGAUCUGCUGACUGACCGCUUCCAGCAGGAACUUGAAGAGCUGCUGCAGUCAUCCUUCCUAGAUGAGGAUGAAGUGUAUAAUCUGGCAGCCACUCUGAAGCGCCUCUCUGCCUUCUACAAUGCCCAUGACCUAACCCGCUGGGAGCUCUAUGAGCCAUGCUACCGACUCCUCCGGAAGGCUGUGGACACGGGAGAGGUUCCUCACCAGGUGACCCUGCCAGCCUUGACUCUUGUGUAUUUUUCCAUUCUCUGGAUGCUAAACUGCAUUUCCGAAUCAGAUGCUUCUCAGCCGCUGUCUCCACAGAAGCAGCUGUUGAGUUUGAAGGGCAGGAUGGUGGCCUUCUGCGAACUCUGCCAGAGCUGCCUCUCAGAUGUGGAGCCUGAGAUCCAGGAGCAGGCUUUUGUCUUGUUAAGUGAUCUGCUUCUCAUCUUCAGCCCUCAGAUGGUUGUAGGGGGACGAGAUUUCCUCAGACCCCUUGUCUUUUUUCCUGAAGCCACUCUCCAGUCUGAGCUAGCCAGCUUUCUCAUGGACCAUGUCUUCAUUCAGCCUGGAGAACUGGGCAGUGGUCAUUCCCAGGAGGACCGUUUACAGAUAGAGCAGCUGCACCAGCGGCGCCGCCUUCUGGCUGGGUUCUGCAAGCUGCUGGUCUAUGGGGUGCUGGAGAUGGAUGCGGCCUCAGAUGUUUUCAAACACUACAACAAGUUCUACAGUGACUACGGCGACAUUAUCAAGGAAACAUUGACUAGAGCGAGGCAGAUGGACCGCAGCCACUGCUCCCGGGUCCUGCUGCUGAGCCUCCAGCAGCUGUACACAGAACUGCUGCAGGAACAGGGGCCCCAGGGCCUAAAUGAGCUUCCAGCCUUCAGCGAGAUGAGGGACCUGGCCAGGAGGUUCGCCUUGAGCUUUGGACCCCAGCAGCUGCAGAACCGUGACCUUGUGGUCGUGCUACACAAGGAAGGCAUCAAGUUCUCCUUGUCCGAGCUUCCUCCUGCUGGCUUCUCCGGUCAGCCCCCAAAUCUAGCAUUCCUGGAGCUUCUUUCAGAGUUCUCCCCCCGACUUCUCCAUCAAGACAAGCAGUUGCUACUGUCCUACCUGGAGAAGUGUCUGCAGCGUGUCUCCCCAGAUUCCAGCUGUACCUGGGGUCCAGUCACCACCUACCGCCACUCCCUCAGCCCUGUAGAGAACACGGCAGAGGCCAGCCCUCAGGGCUACCCCCGCUCCAAGAAGAGGCGCAUCGAAGGCCCCUCCAGGCAGCACAGAGAGGACAUCUCUCCAUCCCAGGAGGAAAGCCUACGGCUGAACAGUAUCCCACCCACACCCACCCUCACCUCGACAGCUGUGAAGAGUAGGCAGCCCCUGGUGGAGCUGGAAGAGAUGGAAGAAGAAGGUGGCUCAGAAUUGGCGUUUACCCAAGGCCAGCCCCGUUUAGGCAUCCGGAGGUCAAGGUCCUCAAGUCCACAGCAUUUCCAGACUCCAGUCAACGCGUUAGGUCCUGGUCUGGGCAACCGGCUGACCCGACUCAGCCUGAUGGAGGAGGACGAAGAAGAGCUAGAAAUUCAGGAUGAGUCAAGUGAAGAGUGGCAAGGCACAGGCAAGAAGGCAGCCCUAGUCCCUGUUCCUCCAUUCACUCCCUUUUCUACCCUGGGCUGCCUGCUUCCCGGGAGGAAGUGGGAAAAGCAUGGGAGUCUUCCCCCAGCGAGCACGGGCUGGACCUCUUAGAUUCUACAGAGCUGAACAUUGAGGAUUUCUGACAUGGCCCUGUGUCCCUCCCCACCUCCACGACAUGAGCACCUGGAAAAGGCCAACAGGAGAUAGAGUAAAAGGAAUCAUUAUUUCCCCACCCUUGGUCUCUGAAGGGAAGGAGAGGUGGGCUUUGCCUUUUUAAGCUAACCUUUCUUGGAAGAUGUUGAGAUAGAGAAGCCAUAAACUUCCUGUCCUUCGGAUGCACUGUGGGUCUGUUCCCCUGUUUGAGCAGAGUGCCUAUUUUCUGCUGUUUGGAGGGGUGGGGACUUCACUUAAGUACUGGAGAAUGGCACUGCUUGCCUAUGUUGGAAUGGAAGGAGCUGGAUAGCUUUUCUGUAUUUUGGGGACUGUCUCUCCUAGCCUUUUUUGUGCCCUACUGAUUAGCUCAAUAAACACAUUUGAGUCA